AUGGCCGCUGGUUUGUUCAGCCCUUUCCUCUACCUAAUUGCAAUCUCAGCAACUCUUGUUUCCCUUAAUGGGCAGAUUAACACGCCAUGCACGACCUCAAUGAUCAGCAGCUUCACCCCUUGCCUCAAUUUCAUCACCGGAAGCACCAGCAAUGGCUCUGCAACACCUACUGCAGAUUGCUGCAGUACCCUGCGGACGCUCACCAGCACCAGCAUGGAUUGCGCUUGUCUCGUAGUGACCGGAAAUGUUCCUCUUCAGCUUCCCAUUAACAGAGCCCUAGCUUUCUCUCUUCCCCGAGCAUGUAACAUGCCUGGCGUCCCCAUACAGUGCAAAGCGUCUGCUACCCCUCUGCCCGCGCCAGGACCUGUGUUGCUUGGGCCAACUCUUGCACCUGCCGCUUCUGCAUCCCUUGCAUCCAAGGCAUCAGCGUCUCUGGCGCCGGCACUGGAACCGGAAGCACCUUCGGAGCUCACACCAGCGUCUUCACCGGUGGGAUUAGAGGCUCCAACUGCAACUCCGGGGAUCCGACCUGUGCUGAACAGCCCCACGCCCUCAGCCUCUAAACCAUCUUACACCACCUCUUCCUCUUCUCUCCUAGAAUUUAUUGUAACCCUGGUUUUUGUGAAUUGUAUAAUCUUCAUCUGA